AUGGACUUCGACUCAAAAUAUACCCGAGGGCCAUUUAUUGAGAGCGGAUCCUUUGGGGAAGUCUGUCGUGUCAGCAGAAAAAGCGAUGGAGUUGAGAUGGCCUUAAAGACUAUCUAUAAGUCUAAACUACCUCACUAUGCCUAUGCAGCUCACGGAGAGUAUCCUUUCGAAGUGCAACUCUUGAGAAACCUUGAUCAUCCACAUAUCAUCAAGUUUAUGGAUUCGUUCGAAGAUGCCAAAUCUUUCUUACUAGUUAUGGAAUUAGUAACAAAUUCUAUAGACCUCUAUGAUUUCACUAUGAGACGAGUUGAAACUUGCGAGGAAGUGCUUGCUUAUAUCUUUGCUCAGGUAGCCGAUGCCUUACUCUUUCUACACUGCAAUGACAUUGCUCAUUUAGACGUUAAAUUGGAAAAUGUAGUUAUGGAUGAGAAUCUUCACUGUAAACUAGUGGAUUUUGGUAGUGCCGCUGCAUGUAGGACCGGUGAGCUCUUUUACCAACCUAGAUGUUCAGAACCAGCUUGCAGCCCUGAAAUUUGGAGUGGUCGUAGCUUUCACGGAAAAGAUGCAGACUGUUGGGCGUUGGGUGUACUACUGUAUCGACUAUGUUAUCGAGAAACUCCCUUCAUAUCAUGUGACGAAGCCCUCAGCUUGGAUUACGUCUUACCCGAUGAUGUUUCUCCAGCGCUGGACGAUUUAUUCGCGCGAGUGUUCCAUGAAACAGCGCUUUGUCGAGCUGAGGCUUGGGAGAUUCGGCACCAUCCAUGGACUUUGGCUGGAGACAGGAAGGGUUUUAGCCUAAGUGAUCUUAUCAUUGAAGGUAUAACAUUCUUAAUCAAUUAUUAUAACGAUUAG